AUGCUUCACAGAUUCUACCAUUAUAAUCAAGAACGCAACACUUUUCUUCCAAAUGGUGGUAAUAUUCAAGUUCAACUGGAGCCUCAGAAUGCAGAGAUGAAUCUAAAUCCAAAUCCGAAUCUUGCUCUCCGUGUUUCUUCUAGUUCUUCUCAAAGAGCGAUUGCUACUACUAUAGUGCAUUUGGAUAAUCUAUCAACUGAUAGUGCUGUAGAGAUUGAUCUGACUAUAUCGCAUCCUUCUUCUUCUUCUUCUGCUAGGAGAGCUGCUGUUUCAAGGGCGUUGAGUUUGGAUGGUGGGACUUCCCAUGAAGAAGAGGUUGGAGAAGAUGAACUGGGUGGUGCUUCGUGA